UAAAAACAGCCUAGACGGAAAUCGGGAGGGGUGCCUCAAAAUAAAAUGUUCCUCAUUACAGUAAAAAAAUCGUAUUGGUAAAUAUUGAUAAAGGGCUGUCUAAUAUCUCGUAGUUAUGAAUAGGUACAGUAUGUGCAAUGAUAUAUGGAGAUUCAGUCAGUACCAUGAACGAUAACUGGAUGUGAACCUGGUGGUUUGAGAACAGCAGGCUUCCCAGGAACGGUGAUCCAGAAUGACUUUGAGAGUGGAGACUGUGAAGAGGUGGCAGCUGGAGCUCCAUUCUGCUCAGGACUGGCUGCAGUAUGAGGUGGGUGUGGAUGGCUGCUAUGUGGUGAAGAUCCAGUGUGCUCUGUGCAACAAGCACAAAGCCAAGAUCAAAGACUUGCGAAACUUCAGUCCAGCAUUUGUGAAUGGUAUCGAGGGGAACUCUUUGAAGAAGGACAAUGUCAAGAAACACUUUCAGAGUGAGAUGCAUCAGAAGGCCUUGGCCCUAGAGAAAUUAAGUGGCAAUGUACCCAACCUGCCUUUAGUGUUGGCCCAGACCAUUGAAGAAAGUCACCUCAAUCGACUUUUUGAUAUUGCCUACACAGUUGCUAAACUAGAGCUACCGCUUGCAAAGUUUAAGCAGCUUGCCAAAUUGGAACUGCGCCAUGGGGUGGACUUGGGCCAGACAGCCAUCACUGAGCAGAAGUGCAAGGAGUACAUUGACUACAUUGGUCGAUCAACAAAGAUUGAGCUGGUGCACGCCAUCCAGGAGGCUCCCUAUUUCUCUGUGAUAGUGGAUGGUUCAGCAGAUCCAAGCAUGACUGAAAAGGGAAUGAUUUAUGUGCUGUAUGUGGAUCGUACUGGCCUGCCCUGCAUGCGUUUCUUUGGUUUCCGAGAGGUGGAGCAUGUGCAUCCAGAAUGUUUGAAGCGGACAGUUCUCAAUGCAUUUUUGGAAGAGGGCAUUGACAUAGAACGGAAGCUUGUAGGCUACAUGGCAGAUAGUGGCACUAUAAAGGCAGACAUUCCACCUUUAUUGCAGAAGGAGAUGCCCUAUCUCAUUUCGUUAAACUGUGCGAGCCAUCGAUUAGAGAUGGCUGUCAAGGGAAUAUUUCAUGGUACUAGUUUCGACAAUGUCAACGAGAUGCUUCACCUCCUGGCCAAGCUGUACUGGACCUGCCCAAGCCGAAUGCAUGAGCUGAAGACCCUGGCACAAAUAAUGCUGGAAGGAGAGACCAAGCCCCACCAGGCUGAAGGCACUCGGUGGGUGCAGCACAAACAGCGGGCAACCAGAGCCCUCUUACAAGCCUACCCAGCUGUUGUCUGCAACCUGGCCAACAUGUCCACCCAGACAACCCUGCCCAAAGAGAAGACCAUCUUCCAGGAGUAUCUGAGAACUCUGCGGAGCCUCAACUUUGUGCUACACUUACUCUUUUAUUCUGAGAUACUGGAGCCCAUUGCCAAGCUGUCCCGUUCAUUGCAAAACAGCACUGUGGAUCUUGUCUAUACCGCCUCACUGCUAGAGAAAUUCUACAGCACUCUGGAGCGAUUCAGCAGGGGUGCUCUGCAUGGCCCUCUCCAUGAGGUGCUGGAAGAAACAGAAAAAGAUCCCCAAUCUGUCUAUUUCAGUGGGACUCGGCUGCAGUGUGAAGCUGAGAUAGUUAAAGCAUUUAAAGAGAAGCUUCCUUCUUAUGUGGCCACUGUGUCUGACUGCAUCCUUCACCGGUUUGGUGCUCUCCAUCUGAUGGAGCCCAUCCGCUGCUUGAAAAUAUUGGAGGCUGAUCAGUGGCCUGAAUCUCCAGAGGACAUGGAGAACUAUGGCACUGUGGAGUUACAGGUAUUCUGCCGGCAUUUUGCCAAGCUUUUGGCCAUCAACCAGGUAGAUGUGACAAAGCUUUUGGAAGAAUGGGAGCAGUUUAGGCAGUUUCGAACUGAGUGCCUCGCUGAACUUUCCAGCCAGCAGAUGUGGCAGAACAUGCUGACUCGAGAUCGUGCACGUUUCCCCAAUUUCUACCAUGUUAUCCACAUUCUCCACUGCUUCCCAGUGUCCAGUGUGGUUCUAGAGUGGGGAUACUCUGCAGUCACCCGCUUGAAGGCUGAGAGCAGAAGCAAGAUGUCCAUCAACACACUGGAAUAUCUGACUAGGAUCUCUGUAGAGGGUCCUGAGCCAGAUGUCUUUGAUCCCCAAGCAGCUGUCAGCCUCUACUGCUUUGAGCAAAUGGGUUUCAUUGCUGACCCUGUUGUCAAAAGGACAUCUAUGUCUGUGUUAUCAGAUGAAGAAAUCAGUUCUCCCAAUAAAAGGGCCUGCUUCACCCCAGAGGAGUACAGCAGUGACUGAAGGGCUCCGGCGCCGCAGACAAAGCUAGCACAAACUAGAAUGUCUCCGUAGGACGUCCUGGUAUUGAGAGAAAUGUAGAAUACUGAGUUGCUUCAAAAUGCUGUAGUUUCACACUGCUCAUGCAUGCGUGUUUUAAAUGCGGUUCAGUUACCUUCAGCCUUAGGUUACAGUAGUAGAUAUCAUUUUAAGCUUUUGAGCCUACUGAAUAUCAGCACUUGUACCAAUAAAUGCUGAAUGCUGAUGUUUUUAUUGCUUGAGCAUAAACUGUCUCACUAUUAUUUUAUUUGGGUUUAUCAAAGUCAAAUAAACAUGCAGUUUCUCAGAUACGAAGAUCAGUCUGCAGAUUGAGAGAGAUUGAUCUCUCAAUCUGCAGACUGCAAUUAUUGUUGAUAUUACUAAUCAUGUAUUAAUAAAUGGGUGAUUUCAAAUCAAAUUUA